CUGUUCAUAUAAAGCCUGUUGACCCGCCCGCCACGACACACUUUGUUACUUUCACGCGAGCAGUGCACAUUUUGAGCAAAAAUGUACAGGCUCAUUACGUUCGCCUUUGUUAUCGCGGCUGUCGCGUGUCAGCAACAGGAGGGCGCAAGGCGCGUCCCCAAAUACGCAGGUGAUCCGAGGACGGCUGCUAUUGUGCAAGAAGCGCGGUAUCUCAGUGGUAACGGAGCUUUCGGCGCCGCGUACCAACAAGAAGAUGGAAUCAACUUCAAGGAGGAAACCGACGCGGACGGCAACAGGAGAGGCAGCUACUCUUACAUCGACCCAACUGGACAGAAAAAGACAGUGAACUACAUUGCUGGCAAAAAUGGAUUCCAAGCUGUUGGUGACCACAUCCCAACUGCUCCCCAACCCGUGGCCCCCACUCCUGGAUACACGCCAGACCCCCGUUACCAGCCACCAGAAUACCAAUCCAACCAAUACAGUGCACCCCAACAAUACUCCGCACCCCAGCAGUACUCUGCUCCUCGUAACUACAACUCCAAACCCAGUGUAGAUGAUGGCCAAUAUCACCCAGAGUUGUACGAACAAGAAAACUACGUAGCCCCUCAACCUCAGUACCAGCCACAACAAUACCAAGCUCAACCACAAUACCAACCUCAACCUCAAUCUCAGUUCCAAGCUAACAACAUUUACCCUGGUGUUCAGCAAGCUCAAUACAGUGGUGUGCAAACCCAACAAUACAAUGCCCCCCAGGCUAGGGAGCAAUACUACGAACCGACCACUCCCCCACCAGCAAGAUUCUUUCCCCCAGGCAAGUUCAGUCUGAACAGGGCUCCUGACGGCUACACUUACUCAUUCCACAAAGUUUAAAUCUGUAGGUCGUGCCUCGGCGAUGGUAAUUGUGAAACACAUUAUCGUCGAGCUAUAGAAUCGCGCGGCGCACAUGCACCGCUGCUUUAGAGCAUUUCUUUAUUGUUGUUUUGCUGUGAUAUUGUGUGUUGACGGACAGUUUAAUAUUGUUAUGUUAUUGCAGAGGAGAGUUGGUAACGAAAUGCGUACGAAAAUUUGUAAAUAUAUGUAGCUGUACAUAAAUUAUAAACCGUUUUUAAAUAAAAUGUAUUCCUUGCCAA